AGCGCAGCAGCCCUGCCCCUCGUCCCUCAAGCGGGCACGGCUGAGCGUACCCAGGGAAAGGGGCUUGGGUCGAGGACAGGGAUCCAGAGCCAUGGCCGAGGCCGCGGAGCCGGAGGGGGGAGCUCCGGGUGCCCAGGGGCCGCCCGAAGACCCAGCGACCCUGGCCGCGGGCUCCGAGGCGGAGGGACACGAAGCUGGCGAGGGCGCCGCAGCGGAGCCCAGCGGCGAGGGGACGCGCGCGGUGGAGGAGGACGGCGGCGGGCGGGACGCGGGGUGCGCCGGCGAGGGAGGGGACCCGGGGGCUGAGACUCAGGGCUCGAGGGGAGCGCAGGGCUCGGAAGAGGCCGGGGAGGAGACCAGGAAGGGGACCCAGGACGGCACCGCGGUGCCCCCCGCAGGGGAGGGGGCGGGCGGCGCGCAGCAGGUGGAAGAGAGCGCGGGGGAGGCUGAGGGGGACCUCGGGGACCCCGCGGCCCCGGAGGAGCCAGGGGAAGAGGAGCGCAGGCUGGAGGAGACACCGGGGUUCGGCGUAGAUGCCCAGGGGCCUGGAGGGGACAGAGUGGACGCCCAGGGGCAGGCAGGGGACAGCGUGGACGCCGAGGGGCCGGGAGGAGACAGCGUGGGCGCCCAGGGGCAGGCAGAGGACAGUGUAGAUGCCCAGGGGCAGGCAGGGGACAGCGUGGGCGCCCAGGGGCAGGCAGGGGACAGUGUAGAUGCCCAGGGGCAGGCAGGGGACAGUGUAGAUGCCCAGGGGCAGGCAGGGGACAGCGUAGACGCCCAGGGGCCGGGAGGAGACAGCGUGGACGCCCAGGGGCCGGCAGGAGGGACGCGCGGGGUGGAGGAUGAGCUCCAGGACCGAGGGGAAGGCGGCCUCCAGCCCCAGCCCGAGGGGAGCUCGGAGCCCGGCCCGGAGGAGCGCGGGGCGGCGGCGGGGGAGAACGCGGCGGCGGAGACUGGGUCCUCGGGGGCAGAGGGGUCGCAGGGCGCAGGCGAGAACGGUGACCCUGGAGGGCCCCGGGAGGAGACCGGGGAGGAGGAAGAAGGGAAGGGAGAGCCGAGCCCCAAGGGACCGAGCGAGGAAGCCGCACCCGGGGGCGAGGAGCAGCCCCCCGACGGCAGCCGCGGAGGGGAGGCGGCCGAGUGCAGUGGGGCUGAGGAGCCCGAGCCCCAGCUCAGCAACCACCUGGCGGAGGAGAGCGGCGCCCAGGGCGGCGGCGAGUCCGCACCAGUGAACGGCCGCAGGGAGGACGGCCAGGCGGCUCAGGAGGGGGACCCGGCGCAGGAGCACGACAUCACCCUCUUCGUCAAGGCUGGCUACGAUGGUGAGAGUAUUGGAAACUGUCCAUUUUCUCAGCGUCUCUUUAUGAUUCUCUGGCUAAAGGGUGUGAUAUUUAAUGUCACAACCGUGGAUCUGAAGAGGAAACCCUCGGACCUGCAAAACCUGGCUCCCGGAACAAACCCGCCUUUUAUGACUUUUGAUGGUGAAGUCAAGACGGAUGUGAAUAAGAUUGAGGAGUUCUUAGAGGAGAAGUUAGCACCUCCGAGGUACCCUAAGCUGGGGACCCAACACCCUGAAUCUAACUCCGCAGGAAAUGAUGUGUUUGCCAAAUUCUCAGCGUUUAUUAAAAAUACCAAGAAGGAUGCCCAUGAGGUUUAUGAAAAGAACCUGUUACGGGCCCUGAAGAAGCUGGAUAAUUACUUAAACAGCCCUCUGCCCGAUGAAAUAGAUGCCAACAGCACAGAGGACGUCGCUGUUUCGUGCCGGAAGUUCUUGGAUGGGGAUGAGCUCACGCUGGCUGACUGUAACCUCUUACCCAAGCUGCACAUUAUUAAGAUUGUGGCCAAGAAAUACAGAGAUUUUGAGUUUCCUCCUGAAAUGACUGGCAUCUGGAGAUACUUGGACAAUGCUUAUGCUAGGGAUGAGUUCACAAAUACGUGUCCAGCCGACCGGGAGAUUGAGCAUGCGUAUUCAGAUGUUGCCAAGAGGAUGAAGUGAGGCCGGAGUGCUCCCUGUUGUAUUUCUCGGUUCAAUGAGCUGGGCUUCAAGAAGAGUGUGUUCUAUGCAUCUCCUCCAAAGCCAACCAUCUUUUGCAAAAUAAUGCUAAUAGUGUGAAUUAAACGCCAAAUGAUACAUGGCCUAGUAACUUGUCAGCUCAGUCAGGAUCUGUUGUCGUACACACCAGGUGCCUACUGUAUGUAAAUGAAGUUUUUGACAUCUACUGACACCACAGUCUACGAUAUUCAGGGCAUAUGUUUUGCAGUUUAAAUUUCAGAGCCAAUUAGGUUUGGGCUUAAUUCCUUCCAUUUUUGAAAACUUGGUCUAUCUUUGAUAGUUUUCAUAAUCACACAGAGCCUGUUUUCUCCUUUUAAAUAUUAGCUUCAUUUUUUUUUCAAAAUGUAAACACUAUUUUUUAUAAUUAUAAAAUGAUACAUGCCUGUUUUAAAACAGUAUCAGAGAAAUAAGAAAGCGGGGGGGGGGGGAAAUCACCUAAAAUUUUAUCUCACUUGGUUACUGAUAAUUGCUUGGUAAACAUCUUCAAAAUCUUUAGUCUUUUUUGUGUGCACAAACACAGUUGCACUAUGCAAAUUUCAUUCAUUUUUCUGGAUGUUACAUUGUUCCUUUAAAGGGCUGGUGAGGGGACCUCUUGGUAGCGCCCUGAUAGCCAUCCACAGGGGACCUAAAGCAAAGAAAAACGCUCAGCCCUACAUGGCUAGAGGUUACUUUAGACCAGGUUCUAAAGAGGUGGGGCCGUGUAGAAUGCGCAGAGCCUUGGGGAUCAGCAGGAGCACACUGUGAUGCGUCCAGCCACCUGGUCACCACCUGCAAGAUGCCUCUGCCUCUGGCUCCGGAAAGGCAAUGGAAGAGGGGCGCAUCUGUGCCUUUGGUCCCAGCUUCCUCUGGUGCCCUCUCUUUUCCCUCCCCGGAGUCUGUGCCUCCAAGGGGACCCCCUCAUAACACUUGUGACUUGGAGAACCCCCUGGCCUGCACUGAAAUGUGAGUCAUGCACACCUUGGUUCUUUUUCACAGCUGCUGUCACUGAGAUCCAGCUUUGUUCCUCCUCUGUGAUGAUGAUGAUGGUGAUCAUGAUGAUGAAGAUAUGUGGGGCUACUGCUGCAUUGCUCUUUUAUCUCAUUUAGUGGUCAGGCUGGAAAAACCCAGGGAGAUUAAAUUCAUGGUGACUAUCUUGGGCAGUUCUGGUAAAUGGUCCUGUGAGGGCGGAAGUGGAAAAGAUUGACUCAAAGAGUUUCUGGUCUAUCUGUGGCUUUUCUUCCUCCAACCCUGUCGCCCACCUGCAUCACAGCUGUGUGUGGGGGCCGGAUGCUGGGCUCCACCCCAGACCUGGAAAAGAGGUGAGGCUGCUUAGACGCCUUUCAAGACCUGGUAGGUUUGUCCUUGACAUUCGCAGCCAUCUCACACUAAACCACUUUCCUGGAGAGCUGGUUGAAGCUAAAAUGCUCAUUCUCUAUGCACACAUCUGCAAUAUGGGUGAUUCAUUUGCAAGGGAGUAACACAGGUUGACAGCAGGAACCCUGGGAUUUGGUGAAAAUGCCUUGCAAGGAAACAAGGUCUUUAACACGGUGCCCACUUUCUUUCCCUGCUUACUGGAUGCCCCAGUUUGAUGGCAGCAGCCUUCUCUCUGUCAACCACACGGAUUUGGAGGUGUUGUCUAUCAUGUCUCAGUGGGGUCUGCAUUGCGGCACAUCUGUUUAAGAGUCAGAUUUUUGAACCUCAUUUUGUAGUGUUACACUUAAACUGGGUAAAUGGGUAGACGACCAGAUGUUACUAGUGCUGACUUUGUAUUUUUAGAUGUUAAAAUGAUCAGAAACCCUGUGUGCCUUAAAAAUUAAACAAAUUAUGAAAACAUGAAGUUGAACCA